ACGCCGCGUGCGUUCCGACGACAAAUCUACUAACGACGACUGUACGAGAGUACACACGGUGCAGUGUGCGCGCGCGAAGUGUGUUGUUUUCGUUUUUCGUUUUCGAUUUUCGAUUAUUAUUAUUAUUAUUUUUUUUUUUUUUUUUUUUAAAUUCAAUUCGUAUCGCCGUUUUUCGGGACUUUCGCCCAUCAUCAUCGUCCGUCCGUUUGUUCUCCUCUGUCGCCCAUCGCAGCGAGUACGUACACGUAUGCCGUCGUCCGCCGAACACCGUCCACUAGUGCGUCGUGCAGUGCGAUUCGCGAUGAUACAAUCAUACGAUUAUCGUGGUAAUAAUCUUUCCGCACUCUGAUAAUAAUAAUAUAAUAUAUCAUAUCUAUCAUAUCGCCGUGCGAGUUUGGGUUUUUCGAUUUGCGUUCUGUUUUUGUUCGUCCGAAUUUUUCGCGGUCUCGUUUUUUUUUUUCACGCUUUUCUUGGCCCUCCCCCGUUGUGGGUACCGCCGAAAUGCAGUUGUCUCAAGUGGUCACCAGCUCGGGCGUACUGAUGCACGUGUACAGUGCCGAAAGACACCAACAACAGCAGCAGCAACAACAGCAACAACAACAGCAGCAACAACAACAGCAACAGCAACCGUCGCAACAACAGCCGUCGCAACAGCAGCAACACGGUGGUGACUUUCGCGUACCGCAAUCGCCGGGCGUCGUGUCGUCUUCGACGGGUAGCGGCGGAGUACCGUCUCCGCCCGCGCAGCAUCAUCACCUCCAGCUGCAACUGCAACAGCAGCAUCAACAGCAGCAACAGCAACAACAACAGCAGCAGCAGCAACAGCAGCAACGGUGUUCUCUGCCACCGGCCCCGCCGUCGUCUUCAGCGGCCGCGAUGCGACCACCCGCCGCCCCGGGCCCCCGGUGCAAGCCGGUCCCGUCAGCAGCCACCCUGACGAUCAAGACGGAAUAUAGCCGAAGCCCUCCGAUGCUCUCCGAGGAACCGACCAGCUCCAUACCGGACUUAGAAUUUGACGGUGACACAGUACUGUGCCGAGUUUGCGGUGAUAGGGCGUCCGGAUUCCAUUACGGCGUACACUCUUGCGAAGGAUGUAAAGGUUUUUUCCGCCGGAGCAUCCAGCAGAAGAUCCAGUACCGACCAUGCACCAAGAACCAACAGUGCAACAUCUUGCGGAUCAACAGGAACAGGUGUCAAUAUUGCCGGCUCCGCAAGUGCAUCAGCGUCGGCAUGAGUCGAGACGCUGUACGAUUCGGCCGCGUACCCAAACGGGAAAAGGCUCGUAUAAUGGCCGCCAUGCAGCACAGCAGUAACUCCAAAAGCCAGGAGAAGGCAGCCGUGGCGGAGCUUGAAGACGAUCAGCGACUCGUUGCCAGCGUGGUCAGGGCGCAUCUAGAGACUUGUGACUUCACGUCGGACAAGGUCGCGCCCACGUUGGCCCGAGCCCGCGAACAGCCAAAUUACACCUUGUGCCAUCCGACACUGGCUUGCCCCUUGAACCCGAGUCCACGACCCGUCACCGGACAACAAGAACUGUUGAACGACUUUUCGAAGCGAUUCUCGCCGGCUAUACGUGGCGUGGUCGAGUUCGCCAAGCGUAUACCCGGUUUCGGGCUACUCGCCCAAGACGACCAGGUGACCUUGCUCAAAGCCGGUGUUUUCGAGGUGCUUCUAGUUCGAUUGGCCUGCAUGUUUGACUCUGAGUGUAAUAGCAUGGUGACGCUCAACGGUCAAGUGUUGCGUAGAGAGUCGGUUUGCGCAUACUCCAAUGCUAGAUUCCUUACCGAUUCCAUGUUCGAAUUUGCCGAGAGGUUAAACGCAAUGCAACUGAAUGAUUCGGAAAUCGGUCUUUUCAACGCCGUUAUCGUGAUCGCUGCCGAUCGCCCAGGCUUGCGCAAUGUUGAAUUCAUCGAACGCAUGCACAAACAGUUGAAAUGCGCGUUGCAGUCGGUGCUCAUGCAAAACCAUCCUGACCGACCUAGCUUGUGCCAAGAACUGUUGAAGAAAAUCCCCGACUUGAGAACACUCAACACGUUACACUCAGAGAAACUGCUGGCGUUCAAGAUGACCGAACAGCAAAAUCAACUGGACCAACAGCAGCAACAACAUCAGCAACAACAGCACCAAGACACCACCACCACAACUUCCAUCGCAGCCGCCGCGGCUCAACACCAUCAAAACAUUCAGAACGUUGGGGGCAUGUGGAGUUUAAUGAUGAACAGCACUGACGACUUCAACCGCAAGAGCCCGGAGGAAGCAGGCUCGUCAUCGUGGUCGGACGAGACCACUUCCGUGGAGGACAUAAAGAGUCUGGCCAUGUUGGACGAGGUCAAGAGCCCGCUUGGUUCAGUGUCCAGCACUGAGUCCGUGUGCUCGGACGAGUACCACCACGGCCCGAGCAAGCACGCGGCGAGUGCUCCUCUGUUGGCGGCCACGCUGGCCGGAGCUGUGUGUCCGAUCAGGCGACAUGCGGUGGCGCCGUCAGAUGAGCUACACCACCAAGUGAUCGUCCGGCCGAUGUCGUGCCGCCGGUAUCAGCGGAAGCAGGACUCGCCGACUGACUCUGGUAUUGAAUCGGGUACGGAGAAACUGGACAGGCCAAUGCCGCAUAGCGCGCCCACUUCGGUGUGCUCUAGUCCGCGGUCCACCGUCGAGGACGUCGUCAUGUCAGCCGAUUCGCACCAUCCGGCGGCCAUCGAGGACAUGCCGGUGCUGAAGCGCGUGCUCCAGGCUCCGCCGCUGUACGACACCAACUCGCUGAUGGACGAGGCUUACAAGCCGCACAAAAAGUUCCGAGCCCUACGCAGCGCCAAGGACUCGGCCGAGGCUGAGGCCGUCCGACCGUCGGUGGCGACUACUGUCCACAGCAACAGCACCCUCCUCAACCACCUCCAACAAAACCACCACCAUAAUUCACCGCAACUGCAUCAUCACCUCACGUCGUCGUCGUUGUCGAGCACGCACUCAACGCUGGCCAAGUCGCUGCGCGAGACGCCAAAGAUGACCCCGGAACAGAUCAAACGCACCGAGGAUAUUCACAACUUCAUAAUGCGCGAGGACACGGCGUGCAGUGGUUACCAACAACAACUACCACAACAACACCACCACCACCACCAUAACAACAACAACAAUCAACAACACCUACACCAACAACAGCAACCAACCAGGUGGCAACACACGCCCGUAAUAACUUCUGCUUUGGCCCAGAACAGUUGCAGAUUGUCACCGCCGUCGCCUACCAGCAGGUAUGCGUCGUCAACGGUGAGCAGUGGCGGCGUUUUGGCGCGCGUCCUGUCGCCAUCGUCUUCGUCCUGUGCGUCUCCGCCGCCGUCCGCGCUGUCGAUGGUCAUGCGCCGCACGCCGUCGCCAAACGUUGUCAACCUUCAGGUGGGCAUUACCAACGCAGCCGCAGCCGCUGCCGAGGCGGCGGCCGCUCACCAGCAGCCGCUUAACCUGUCCAAAAAAUUGUCCCCGUCGCCGACGCCUACGUCCGCCGUUGGCAGUGGCACCACCACGCCACCACCUCCUGCUCCCGCUCAGGUGGCUAUGGAAGCGUAAGCCAUCCAAGCCCCGCCCACCACACUCCCCGUUGCCGUACGUAACCGCAUCGACUCGAUCUCACGAGAGUCAAUCUCUAGACCAAAACAUAUGAAAAAAAAAUCAACAAAUGGAAACAAAUGGGGUUUCUAUACGCAAACCAAAACAGGUGCGGUGAUCGUUUUCCUAUUUUUAAUAAUUUUUUUUUUUGUUUUAAUUUUAAUUUUUUUUUUUUUUUUUUGUGG